AUGUCUUCCUCAGAGAAUAAUCAUGUCUCUCGGACUCCAGACACCGAAGGAGACUUCAGCUCUCCCAACUCAUUUGUCUAUGUCCGCACACCUAUGGCAACAAUCAGCAACAACACAGGGCUCAAGUCAACAGUCCACACUACCUCCUUUGACGAGAAGGACUCUUCCCAUCAAGAGGGUCAGCAACGCCAGUACCAAGAACAGUGUCAACAUCAGUAUCGACAGCAGUAUCAACCGCGGUAUCGCCAGUCCAGCUAUGCCAGCAGUCGCAGCAGUCUUGCCAAUGAAGUCAUCUUCGACCAUGAAGACUCCCCUCCUCCGCUGAAAGACAACAACGGUCCCUUUCACCCUGCCAGCCCCUAUGCCAAAGAUGAUCAAAGCCAUGGCCUGGGCAUCAGCGCCGAACAAAGCUGCCUGCAUCAAGAACAGCGAGGCACACGAACAGUCUCCAGCCCAGUAGGCACAAGCGGCAAGUACGGCAAGACCACAGAACAACCCCUCGCUGGGGUGAACUGGCGAGACCGCAGCAUGAGCUAUGGUGACAGCUACGGGGGACGGUGGUCUUCCAACCUACGGGGGUCAGCUGCCAGUGAGAGCUAUGGCCCAAACAGGUUCUACCCCCCUGGUUACUACUUCUCACCUGCGAACCGUUGUAAUCCAAGCUUCCGCUCUUACAAGUCGUCAGCGAGCACCGAUCUUCUUGCCAGCCUCACAAGCAAUGCCAGAAAAGCCCCUUUCGCUGCACAACCUUCGACAAACCGAUUCAACGUGUUCCAGACGUUGGAUAACAACAACAACAACAACAACAACAACAACCAGACCGACGAGAACGACGAAAAGAUGUCGCACUGUGACAACAAGUCCAGAACCUUCGGCGUUGUCGGAGACGGCCGCUUCGGCGCCAGACCCACUCCCGCUGCCCCCGCCCCGCCUGUCCUCACCUCGAUCGGUGCCUCCGGUUUUGCCUCAGGCAGAAUGAUGAGUCACCCCGGCGGGAAUGACUCUGGAAUCCUGGGCUUUGCCCAACCCCAACCCUCCGGCCCCGCCUACCACCCGGACGCCCUCUCCUCCCAGCUCCGGUCCUUGUCCUUCCGCUCCGGCGCCGCCGCCGUCCAAGCUCCUGGCCCCUUUUCCGCUGCCCAGCAGCACCCCUUCCCGGGCCAGCAGCGCCCCUUUUUCCCUCAGCCUGCCGCCGCCCCCUUGUUUCCCGCUGGCUUUUGCCCUUUCGCGUCCGUCCCCGAGACUGCCGUCGUCCGAGCUGGUCCCUCCUCCUCCGGCGCCCUCGUCCCAGCCCCUGGGCAGCCCUUUUUCUUCCGGCCGAUGGAGUGCCGCACCCACCGCCGCCUGACCGAACUCGAGUCCUACGACUUGAUGAUCAAGGGGUUCAGCCCCAACUACAAGGGGAACCCGGACCUGGACCGGAACCGGAGCGCGACUAUCCCCGAGGACAUGAACUGUUCUCUCUUCCUGGUGGGCUUGCCCGCCGAUGUGACGACCCACGAGCUGCUUGCUGGGGUGAGGAACGUGGGACGGGUGUAUGCCACCCACAUCAACCCCCCUGAGCCGGAGAAGGGCCACGAGCAGAGCGCGGCCAAGAUUGUGUUUUUCGAGAGGAGUGCUGCCGGUACGUGUUCAUUCCCUUCCCCUUUUCUUCAUAUGCAUUCAAGCAUUCCCACCACGCCUCAGAAAGUUCUGAGUAGGCCUUCCAAAAGCUUGGAUGGGCCUAAAGCUAACCCACCCUUCCCACCAGAACGCUUCUUCCGCCAAACCACAACCCAGGGCUUUCGCAUCCCAACCCGCGCUCCUCCCCACAACCCCGCCCGCGUGACCUGGAACCGCAUCCGGUCCGCCGAAGUCGACAUCAACGGCUCAAAGUCUCGCGUCCUCCUCAUCUCCGGACCCCCCCACAUCGUCAACGAGCAGCACCUCCGCGAGUACUUCGACAACAAGCUCAUCUACCAAGUCGACGAGAUCAUCGUCCACCACCCCGGCGCCGUCCCUGCCGCCUUGCCCGCUCCCCCCGGUUCCUCUGCUGCCAAUCCCUCGACAGGCAACCUCUCUAGCUCUGGUGGUCCCCGCGCCCCAGCCGGCCUAUUGGCCUAUAACGACGUCCCUUCCGGCGCUCCCGUUACCAGCCACAGCAACAUCCCCCUCGCCGCCGGUCCUCUCAUCCUCGGCAACAACGACAAAAACGACAAAAACGACAAAAACGACAACAACGACAACAACGACAACAACGACAACAACGACAACAACGACAACAACGACAACAACAACAACAACAACAACAACAACAACAACAACAACAACAACAACAACAACAACAACAACAGCAACGACGACGACAACGACGACAACGACGACAACGACGACAACGACAACAACGACAACAACAACAACAGUGGCGCCAGCGGCUUCAGCCCCGGCCACUCCAAGUCCGCCUCCAGCAUCAGCUCCGGAAGCCACAGACCCAGCUCUCUCCUGGGCCAGCUCAAGGGCGAUAGAGCCCUCAUCGAGUUCCGCUUCGGCAGUUACCGCUGCCAGUCCGAGGCAGCCCGCAUGGCUCUCGUGAGAGAGUUUAGGGAAUUUGGGGUCUUGUGCGAAUUUGGGAGGGAUCCUUGUGAUCGUGUGAAGAAGAAGGAGGAAGGAAAGGGGAAGGGGAGAGAGGAGGAGCAGCAGGUAGAGGUUUAUUUAGGUGGUGGUGGAGAUGGUUGCGAGGACCACCACCCUUUCUGGAGGGGAGGAGAAGCUGGGAUGGGUGGUGGUGCGUUUGCCGGCGGUGCUGGUGUGGGGGGUGAUGCGUUUGCUGACGGCGAGGGGGGCUUCGGCUCCGUGUUCACUCCGGGUGCGGGCGCGCACCUGUCCGCGACGACCCUGGCUGGGAGUUACUUCCAGUCGCGGGCUCAGAGCGACAGCGUGCGCGGCCUGUGGGGUGGUGCUCGUGAGGGGGCGUGA